AUGAGACCCGACAUCGGCGUAGGCGUAUUCAUCUUCAACUCCAAGGGCCAAUUCAUCGUUGGCGUGCGAAAGGGCAGCCAUGGCGCAGGAACCCUGGCGCUCCCUGGAGGACACCUGGAAUUCGGCGAGACCUUUGAAGCCUGCGCAGAGAGAGAGGUACUAGAAGAGACUGGUCUCAACGUUCGGGAUCUGCGCUUUUUGACGGCGACGAAUAGUGUCAUGAAGGAUGUGGGGAAGCACUACGUGACUAUCUUCAUGGGGGCCGUUGUUGAUGACGAUGCGCAGCCGCAGCUCGUCGAGCCGGAGAAAUGCGAGGGAUGGAGCUGGGCAACGUGGGGGGAUAUCAAGAGCCAGAGCCAGAGCGACGGCAAACCGCGGCUGUUUCUACCAUUGCUGGAGUUGUUGCGGAACAGAUCAUUGUUUGAUCCCAAGGAGCAGUUCGCUAGAGCCUAA